AGAAAAAGGAUUUUAAAUGAAAUAAGUUUGCAUUAUAUCCGGUGUGUGCGAAACAUAGUUUAAAGCAAUUGUGAAAAAGAUUAAUAGUCAUAGUAUAACGUUAUUGUGACUGAGCAAACGUCGGGUUUUUAAUUAACUAAAUGUAUAUUUUAUACGUUUUACUCUUAGAGCUAACACAGAGUGGUACAUUUUUGGAUUAAUUAAUCCUUGUAUUGUAUUUCACGGUCAGUGCGAGUCCAUUUUCUAUCAAGUUAUCACGAUUGAAGAUGAACUAUUUCUCUACGAUAUUUGUAUGCGACGAAACAAAUAUCUCUCCGAUCAUGCAGUAUCUUGUUUCAGUGAUAACACUAUUGCAAUGGGUGCACUGUGGUUGGGGCUACGGCCACUAUAAUCGCCAUCCUAUGUCGUAUGGGUCGAGCGGUGCUUAUGGUGGCUCUCCCUACGCUUCAUCUACUAACUAUGCCACCUCUUCGUCUUCCUCCUCUUCUUCUUUAUCGCCUCAUGUUUCGUUACAUGGCACGGAUAAUAGUCCAUGUUGUACGUUGGAUUCCUGGGCUUAUAACAAUUUUAAUGACAUCCGUCAGUUUGCCAAUCGUCUGAGGCAGGAAUACAAUAGCAUGGCUUCCGGCAGUAUCACUGGUUAUAGCAUCACUUACAAACCCUGGACUGAAAGUAUUAUUGCAUUGAGUGGUAAAACACCUGGAGAACUGGACGCCCUGUGCCGCAUGGUUAGCGAACAAUUGAUAGCAGACAUGCGUAAAGGGAGUCUUAGUUAUUCAACUGUAUCUCAACCGAAUUACUUUGAAUGGAAAGCCGCCAAAACUUUACAACCUUUGGUUGCUUUUGAAGACGAUUUUGGUCAACAGCAGCAGUCUUUAGACUUGGAGCAAUACCAGCUGGAAGGCUCACAUAAUUUUGAAGGAGUCAAGACCUACAGCCAUCCAACAGAAGUCAAGGUCGUUGACGGCAAAACGUAUGUUGUUCACAAGAAUAUAAGCGAGGCUCACAGAAGUUCGGGAUCUGGUACUUACGAAAAUCCCUAUGUUCGUGUAAUAAAGAGAAACCGUACUGUUGUUACCACUAAUGCUAUGCCAGCUUAUACACCCGCAGUAGUUUACGCUCCUAGCACGGCUUUCAAUUCAGGAUCUAUGGUUACUGUGCCAGGUAAUGUUUAUCUUCCGCCAUCUCCUCCCGCUGUCACUGUAAGUCGUAAGAAGACAAUACGUGAUUGGGUUCAUGAAAAUAUGGAACCGGGCGUGGUCGGUUAUCGUCCCGUGGUAAAUGUCAAUGCUGAUUGGUCUACUAAUGCUAAUGCGUAUAAACCGCCCCUACAUAUACCAGUGGAAACCAGUUCAUCGGCAGAAGGAGAAAAUUUUGGAAUUGGCUACGCACCUAAUUUUUCACCUGGAUCCACUGUAACCGUUAGACGUUACAAUAAGACAACAAUUACUAAUCCUGAUGGUUCUAAUGUAGUGCGCGGCUCUGAAAGCCAUAAAAAAUGGGUAGAUGGUCAAUUGGUAUACGACACUGAACGUCCGUUCGGAGAAUGGACUGUUCCCAAAGAUGAAGAGUGGAAACGCGAAGAACGCGAGAGAUUCUUUUGGUUUUUAACGUCCGCGGCUGCUACAUCUCAAAGUUUGGAAUUAUGGCAGCGUCAGCAGGAGGAACGUUUAAUGGCCUUAGCAGAGCGUUAUCAUACUACUCUGGAAAACAUUCAAGAUUGGCAUCGAAAAGAACUGGAACGAUACCGCGUGUUAUUAGGUCAAUAUCAAGUCCAAACUAUCGAUGAUACCGCCUGGAAGCGAAGUGAGAGAGGACGCCUAGAUUGGUUGAUUCACCAGAACAGUGUUACUCGCGAAGAAUUGGAACGUUGGCAACAGGAAAACCAGGAUAAGUUAACCCAAUUGGCGCGACAAUACCGAAUCUCUGUAGAAGAUUUCAAAAACUGGCAAAUUGAGGAGCUGGAUCGCCUCUAUGUUUACUUUAAUGAUCAAAACAAUUCUAUGAUGCUUGGACCCAAUUCCGACUCCUUCGUGCACAACAGUGAACAAGAAAGAUUAGAAGAAUUGAUACGACAACAUAAUGCUACUAUUGAGCAAUUACACAAUUCAAUCAAAAUGGAUCAGCAGAAAUUACGCGAACUGUCUACCAAAUAUCGUGGUAAUGUGGAAGAUAUGGAGAAAUGGCUGAAAGGGGAAUUGUCUCGAUUGGGUGGCAUAAUUAACGAACAACAUAAUGAAAUGACUCGCAUUAACGAAUGGCAAGCAUCAGAACGUGAACGUCUGGAAAAUAUCGUUAAACAGCAUCGUGGUUCUAUUGGAGAUAUUGAUGCUCAAAUGGAUCGUGAUCGCAGUUAUUUGCACACUUUGGCCAACAAAUAUCACGUUAGCAUAGAAGAGUUGGAAAAUUGGCAACGCGCGGAACUGGAACGAUUACAACAACAAGGUCAAGCGCAAAUCGAAAUUGGUAUCAAUGAAUGGCAGCAAAGAGAACACGAAAAUCUUAAAAAAUUGAUAGCGAAGAAUGAUUUAACUAUAGAAGAAUUUCAAGUUUUAAUAAUCAAUGACCGUAAAAAGCUGGAGAACUUAGCCCAAACUUACCAAGUGCAGGUGACUGAAAUAGAAGAGUGGCUUAAAAAGGAAUUAAGCAGCCUUAAAAAUGAAGGUCUCUUACAAGAGGUAAAGAAAGAAUUGGCCGACUGGCAACAAAAAGAACGGGCUCGAUUACAGAAUAUCGUACGCCAGAAUGAGCUUACGGUUCAAGAUUUAGAAUUAAAAAUUAAGACUGAUCAGUCCCAUCUAAAUAAACUGGCUAGCAAGUAUCAGAUCGAGGUGGCAGAAAUUGAAGAUUGGCUCAAAACCGAAUUGAAGCGUUUACAAAGUGAGGGAUUGGUUAAGGUUGAGGAGUUGCAGGAAUGGCAAAAGAAUGAAAGAGAAUUGAUUUUAGGUCUUGUCCAAAACAACAAACUUACUAUUGACGAAUUCGAGCAUAAACUUUUGGCUGAUCGUCAGCGCUUGCAAGAUCUUGCUAAAAUGUACAACGUUGAAACACACGAAAUUGACACCUGGAUUAGAAGAGAAGGCGAACGUUUGCAGAAUUUAGGUUUAUUGCAAAUUCAAGAACAACUAAACAAUUGGCAGAAGAUAGAACGUGAUCGUUUAAUGGCUUUAGUACAACAGAAUAAACUUUCAAUUAAAGAACUGGAAGAGAGGAUUAAGAACGACCAAGUGCAUUUGUACAGUAUGGCUCACCAACAUCAAGUGCGUGUCGAGGAAAUCGAAGAAUGGAUAAAACAGGAGAUUAAACGAUUGCAAGCAGAAGGCCUCAUUGAAAUGGAGAAAUUGAAGGACUGGCAAACCGAGUGGCGUGGAAAUUUGACAAAUAUGGUUAGGGAACGCGAUUUUACAGUGGAAGAAUUUCACAAAUGGCUUCUGGAAGACCGAGCACGUUUACAAGCUUUAGCAAUGCAACAUAAUGUUCAACUCGAGGAAAUUGAGCAAUGGGUGAAAAAUGAAGAGCAACGAUUCAUUAGCAUGGGUCUAUUAAAACCUAAUGAGAAACUUACGAACUGGCAGGAGGUUGAGAGGAGGUAUUUAGAACGUAUUACACAGGAACAAUAUCACUCAACCGAACAGCUUGAGCAGCGCUUAAGACAAGAUCGGGAAUUAUUAGAAAAAUUAGCCAGAGAUUAUCAGAUUCAAGUGGAAGAAAUUGAAAAGUGGAUGAAAAAAGAAUUGACACGCUUACGGGAUGAAGGACAACUGCAAAUAAAUAAUCUAACUGCUUGGCAAAUAGCCGAACGGGAACGUUUAGACAAUUUGCUCAAAAAAAACAAACAAUGGUCGGCGGAAGAGCUCGAAGCCGUCUUGAGACAAGAUAGAGAUCAUAUGCAAAGUACCGCCUUCCAAUAUCAUACCUCAGUAGAGGAGGUUGAAAAGUGGAUAGAAAGUGAAAUUCAACGCUUGCAACACCAAGGAAAGCUGAAUAUCGAGAAGUUGACUGCUUGGCAAAAGGAGCAGCAACAGCGCAUAUUGAGUUUGCUGCAGCAACAGUCUACCAUUACCUUAGAAGACUUUGAACGUAAAGUGCAGCAAGAUCGUGCCUUCCUUAUGAAUUUAGCGCGACAAUAUCAUGUUAGUGUUAACGAGAUUGAAGACUAUGUAAAGAAAGUGAUUAAUGACUUGCGUGACAAGGGCAAAUUUGAAAUUGAAAACUUAAAAGCUUGGCAAUUGGUAGAGCGAGAUUACAUCAAACAAUUGAUCAAUCAGUAUAAAAAUUCUUUAACUACUGAGGAGUAUGAGAAGAAACUUCUAAAUGAUCGCAUUCACCUUAAUCAGUUGGCUGAUCAUUAUCACAUCAAUGUUAAAGAAGUUGAGGAAUGGAUGAUCAGAGAAUUGCAUAAAUUACGAAAAGAUUCCGGGGAUCAAUUGCAAAAAUUGGUCGCUUGGCAAGUCAGCGAACUGGAAAAACUGAAGCACUUGAUUCAAGAAAAUAAUCGGUUAAAUUAUGUGCAAUUUGAACUCGAGCUGAAGAAGGAACAUGAACAUCUGCAACAAGUAGCUAACCAAUAUUCUGUGAGUAUACAAGAAGUGGAACAAUGGUUAAGACAACAACUUUUGAAUUUGAAGACAACAGGACAAAUACAAGUGGAAAGUUUGACCAAGUGGCAAGAAAAUGAACAGAAACGUUUGAUCGCUUUAUGUUUGCGGCAACAGGAAGCCAUUACGAACGAAGAAUUUGAAAGAGAAUUGCAACGUGAUAAAAACCGUUUGGAACAAUUGGCUCGAGAAUACAAUGUAAGCGUUGAGCAAAUUGAACAAUGGAUGAAGAAUGAAUUACAACGUUUAAAGAACUCUGGUCUGGUACAAGUAGAAAAUUUAACUCACUGGCAGUUAAUGGAACGCAAACGUUUAGAAGAUUGGUUAAGGAAACAAAAUAAGGCGGUCAAUAGCGAUGAGUUAGACGCCUUUAUUCGACGUGACAAGGAACGCUUGCAACGCAUAGCCCAGGAUUACCACGUAACUGUGGAAGAAAUUCAAUCCUGGGUAGAGCAAGAGGGUGCACGUUUGCAACUCUUGGGGCUGGUUAAAGGACCAAGAAACUAUAUCUGGGUCACUACGCGCCAACCAUCCACCAGUAUAGAGACAAGCUGGAAUAAUCGGUGGACUACAACUGACACUUAUACAAAUACUCAAAAACCACAAAGUAGCGAAGAAAUGUGGAAAGAGCAAACCAGGGCGCAUCUGCAAGCUAUAGUUCGUAUCAAACCUUUAACAUGGUCAGAAUUCGAGCGUUAUUUGGUUGAGGAGAAACCACGUUGGGAACAAUUUGCUCGCCAGUAUCACGUAACUGUUGAUGAUAUUGAGACUUGGUUACGUGAAUCAGCUCAAGAUUUAUCGAAGCAGGGCUUUAUACAAGGUGAUGUGACAGUGGAAGAAUGGCAUAGGGUGGAGCAAAAAUACAUCCAAGACCUUAUUGAUGAAAAAUUACGUAAACAACAACAAUGGUCUAUUGAGGAACUAGAGCGUCAGCUAAGGAACGAUCGUGAUCACUUGCAAGGAUUAGCUAAUCGAUAUCACGUAGCCAUUGAAGUAAUAGAGAAUUGGUACAGAGAGGAGUUGCAGAGCUUACUAAAUCAAAGAAGAAUUAUUAGUGAAAAUCUAACGGAUUGGCAAACUGCUCAAAAAGAUCGUUUGUAUUGGCUGAUUAGCAGACAGCCUGGCCUAAGUCUGCAGCAAUGGGAGCACCGUGUUCUAAACGAUAAGGCGGCCUUAAACCGGUUUUGUGAUGAAUAUCAUGUAUCCAUAGAAGAGUUGGAAGUUUGGAUACACAAUGAAUUGAGACGUCUACAGAAUUUAGGCUUACUUAAAGUCAUUAAUCGUGCAAGUGGACUUAGAGCUUGGCAAGAACAAGAACGUCAACGGUUGAGAGAUAUUGCGGCUGAAUUGACUAUAACUGAGGAAGAAUUUGUUGAAUUUAUUGCAAAUGACGUAUCAUUCCAGCAACAGUUAUCGCAUUUGUAUGGUUGCCGGCGCGAAGAAUUAGCCCCCUUCCAAAGGAUCGUGAUUAAUCGUAUGAAUCACGAAGGUUUACUGGAUAAGACAGCUUUAUUGCAAGUGGAAUCGUGGCAAAAAAAUGAGCGACAUCGCCUCUACAGUUUCAUCAAGGAUAAGAGUUAUACUUUAGAUGAUUUACGAAACUGGCAAAAUCAAGAAAGUUUCAUUAAUGGAUUGGCUUCUAAAUACGGUGUUACUGCUCAAGCAUUGAAAAACUGGCAAAUGGCGGAGUUUCAGCGUUUGCAAAACUUAGCCCUUUACUAUCAAAUGAAUCUGAAUCAGUUGCAAGACUUUCGAGACAAAGAGAUAAGUUACAUAACAUUUGUAAUGCAUAAAAAAUUGAGCCCUCAACAAGAGCGAGUCGCUUGGGGAAUUAAUGAAGCUACAAGGAUGAGUGUGCUGCAAAAAAAAUCAGGACUCGUCGGAGAAGAUCUAGCAAAGUGGAGGCGAAAAUACUAUCUAUUAUGCCAAGGACGUUUGCCUUUUAGCUUCGGCGUUGACGGAGGCUACGAAAUUGGUGGUGGUUUAACGAACCGUACCGGAGGGCUACCUACAAUUAUAUCGAAAGAUAGAGGAGAUCAGCCUCCAAAUAUUUAUGAAGAGACAAUAGAUAUUGAAGAGCCUGGAGUGGAGGGUCACGAUAUAUUGCACCCUCUCCCUACGGCCGAAAUGAGAGAACAUCUUUCAUUAAGACCUGGCUAUGAAAAUCCAAACACUUCCAUGGAUGGCGGUAGCUAUCCGAUCCAUUACUCUAAGAAAGAAGACCAUUACAGGACACCAGCGAGAGGUCGUAGUUUCGGUUACCAGAAUCUUCACAACCCUCACAAUUCGAAUUAUAACGAUAAGCAGGCUCACAUUUUAGAUGGGGACGAUGAACAACAGCAACAACAAUUGGAAGAGGAUGGUGAUUAUGGUCAACAACAUCAAGAAGAAGAUGAAGUUGAAAAUUUCCAUAGAACUAUAGCACACCCUGUACGAUACUCGCCUAGCCAGAAACAAAUGCAAGCACCAGUUAACGAGGGUUUAGUUGUACAAGCUGAAUUAAACUCUUCCGGUUUUCUAGGCAAUUUGAAGAAAAAGAUUUUCGGUUAAGGACUUCGAAGCCAUUUUUGAUACUGCUUUAAUUAUAUAAUAUUUUUUGUACGAUUUAAUUUUAGUCUUAAAAUACACUAAACGAGAAUUAUAAAAUAAUGUCGAUUGUAUAAUUAAACGAUGAUAAUGCGAUUAA